AUGGCGACGCCUGUGCCCCCGCCCUCCCCGCGGCACCUGCGGCUGCUGCGGCUGCUGCUGUCCGGCCUCGUCCUCGGCGCGGCCUUGCGCGGUGCGGCCGCCGGCCGCUCCGAUGCAGCUGCCUGUCCUGGGAGCCUGGACUGUGCCCUGAAGAGGCGGGCACGGUGCCCCCCGGGUGCACAUGUCUGUGGGCCCUGUCUCCAGCCCUUCCAGGAGGAUCGGCAGGGGCUCUGUGUGCCCAGGAUGCGCCAGCCUCUGGGGGAGGGCUUGCCGCGGCCCAGACUGGAAGAGGAGAUCGACUUCCUGGCCCAGGAGCUAGCCCAGCAGGAGGCGGGGCGCCCCGGGCUCAAGGCCCCACCCCAGCUUGAGGGACCACAGCGGCCCCCGGAGGCGGCUGCCACCCUGGGGCUCUCGGAGCGAGGCCGGGGACCCGACCUGGGCCUACCCUCUCCGCGGGGAGCCCCGGCGCCCACACCCCGCCCCUCCCUGGGCCCCGCUGUGUCGUCCGGGCCUGUGCACGUGUCCCCCCUGGAGCCGCGGGGCGGGCGCGGUGACGGCCUCACACUUGUGCUGAUCCUGGCCUGCUCCGUGGCCGGCGCGGCUGCGCUGUCGGUGGCGGCUCUCUUCUGGUGGCGGCUGCAGCGAGACAUCCGCCUGACCCAGAAGGCCGACUACGCGGCCCCACAGGCGCCCAGCUCCCCAGCUCCGCCGGGGAUCUCGCCCGGGGAUCAGCGCCUGGCACACAGUGCCGAGAUGUACCACUACCAACACCAGAGGCAGCAGAUGCGGUGCCUGGAGCGGCAUAAAGAGCCACCCAAGGAGCUGGACUCCGUCUCCUCCGACGAGGAGAACGAGGACGGCGACUUCACGGUGUACGAGUGCCCGGGCCUGGCCCCAACGGGAGAGAUGGAGGUUCGGAACCCAUUGUUCGACCAUGCCUCGCUGUCCGCGCCCCCGCUGCACCCCUCUAGCCCUCCUGCCCUUCCCACCUGGCCAGGGGUCCUGGCCGCAUCCCAUCCAGGGGGAGCUCCAGGGCCUGCCAGGCCCCCUGCAGGGCCCUGCGCCCCACAGCCCGCCCCGGCUCAGCCCCGGGUGCCGCUCAGGCGGCAGAGGUGUGUGUGCGGCACUGGGGCUGCAGACCCGCCCACCCCACGGGCUGGUGGGGGGCUUGGUUCCAGCAGCAGUUGCAGGAGUUUGGCUGCUCUGCUUGAGCUCACCGGGGCCAGUGGCGGGAGCGAGCGGUGGGCUCUGCAGGGCCGAGAGCCCGGGCUCAGCCCCAUUCCAAGCCUCCGGGCUCUGGGGGGCCUGGCCGUGGCGGCCCUCCUCUCGGCUGUCUGGCUCUGGUGGAGGCUCGGGGCGGCCCCCGGAGGAGCCCCGUCCCCGCAGCCCACGAUCACCAUCCUCGUCUGGCACUGGCCGUUUGCCAGCCAGCCCCCAGAGCUACCCGGGGACACCUGCGCCAGGUAUGGGGUGGCCCGCUGCCACCUGACCGCCAACCGCAGCCUGCUGGCCGGCGCCGACGCUGUGGUCUUCCACCACCGAGAGCUGCAGACCCAGCGGGCCCGCCUGCCCCUGGCCGAGCGGCCGCGGGGCCAGCCCUGGGUGUGGGCCUCCAUGGAGUCGCCCAGCCACACCCGCGGCCUCGGCCGCCUCCGAGGCGUCUUCAAUUGGGUGCUGAGCUACCGGCGUGACUCGGACAUCUUCGUGCCCUACGGCCGCCUGGAGCCCCGAGAGGGGCCCCCGCCUCCGCUGCCGGCCAAGCGCGGAGUGGCCGCCUGGGUGGUCAGCAACUUCCAGAAGCGGCAGCGGCGUGUGCAGCUGUACCGGCAGCUGGCGCCCCACCUGCGGGUGGACGUGUUCGGCCGGGCGGUCGGGCAGCCCCUGUGCGCCGACUGCCUGCUGCGCGCCGUGGCCCGCUACCGCUUCUACCUGUCCUUCGAGAACUCCGAGCACCGGGACUACAUCACCGAGAAGUUCUGGCGCAACGCGCUGUCGGCCGGCACCGUGCCCGUGGUGCUGGGCCCCCCGAGGGCCGCCUACGAGGCCGUCGCCCCGCCCGACGCCUUCGUGCACGUGGACGACUUUGGCUCAGCCCGCGAGCUGGCCGCCUUCCUCUCCGGCAUGAAUGAGAGCUGCUAUCGGCGCUACUUCGCGUGGCGAGACCGGUUCCGCGUGCGGCUGUUCAGCGACUGGCGAGAACGCUUCUGUGCCAUCUGCACCCGCUUCCCCCAGCUGCCCCGCGGCCAGGUCUACCAGGACCUCGAGGGCUGGUUCCAGGCCUGA